CUUGUCGACGAUUGGGUUACGUAAGCGUGUCGCGUGUCGACAGUUGUCGAUGGUUUGUCGAUUGUGUCGACACUUACGUAACCAUCGGCACCCAUCGACAAGCUUACAGCUCAGCCUAGAUGUUGACAAGUCGAUGAAACCUAUACAUCACGUCUCACUUGCCACAACUAGGUCAUUACACCAUCUACAUAGACUUAUCCUCAUCUCCUCCCCCCAAAAGCACACUCUGUCGUCAUGUCCGAUCUCACUUCCUUUUUCGGAUCCAUGGUAGAGAUGGUCUUCCCUACCGCCCACGCCGAGGCUCCCGCCCCUACCCCAUCGGAGGAACCCGAGCAGGAAGAGCAGGAGGAGAAGCCCGAGGCUGAGGAGGAGGCCGAGGAGGAAGAAGAGGAAGAGGAGGAGGAUGAGCCUGAGGAUCCCGCACCUGCCAUCCGAGCCGAGUGUGAAAAGACCAAGGAGUGUGCCCCUGCCGCACACCACUUCAAGGCCUGUAGCGAGAAGGUCGAGGGUGGAAAGGGAUGGCAAGGAGAGGACUGCGUCGAGGAGCUCUUCCACCUGAUGCACUGUGUCGAUGCCUGCGCCGCCCCCAAGGUUUUCAAGCGAUUGGUCUAGACUUCUCGUCUGGACUUGUUGGAGAACGAGACGUCGCGAGAGAUGACGUCAAAGACCCUCGGAGGAGAAUGGGGUGGUGUUGUUUGUACCAAAACACGAUAACGCGCGCGCUGGUGGCGGGUGGAUGUAGAUGGGUUCGGAAAGAGAGCCGGGUUUUCCUUUAUUAGCAUUUUGAAACGUCAUAACGGACAUUUCUCAGCGGUUUACUAUGGGCAGUGAGAGGAGGGAUGUCUCUUCCCUGCACUUGCGCCUGUGGCAGUCUGAGGCGGAAUGUUUCGAGGGGUCAAUGGCGUUCCUUUGUCAAAUGCAGCGACUAGGGACUUCAAAGCCCUUUAUGGUACACUUCACAUCGAUACUGAUCGAAGAUGGUUAUAAGCAGGAUUCACCUCGUGCGUCG